GGAGUCGUCGUUUUUCAGACAUUGUAUCCUCAUCAGAUCCUCCGUUCCAACCACAGCAUUGCUUCACACUCGCAUCAUCGUCCACAUUCUCUUUUUCAUCGCCUGUCGCAUGAUGCUUGCUCUGGCCCCACCAAUGCCGCAUUCAACAACCGUCACGACCGUAGAACACCCACAUCGCCCGCCGUCGUCUACGGCUAGCUCGUCCUCUCACUCUACGCGUCCUUCACAGCGAAAGCUGCACUCUGCCAUUAUCAUUCCGAAACCCUCCUCGUCCUCUCACGUUCAUGUGCAGACACCAUCUGCCAGCAGGUCUGCGCCGCUGGAGGCCCGCUCGGCGCACCGUGCCUCGUCAUACACCAUGCCCCCGUCGCACGCUGCCCGUUCUCGCUCGCCUUCCAUCAACCACCCGCACGACGAGGAUGAUGACCCAAACACACCGCCUGCGUCCGAUUGUGAGACUAGCGAGUCCAUACAUCCAGAGCCCCCGAUAAAGGACGUACAUUCGUACGAGCCAGAGAAGCUGUUGCGGAUGCUCGCUUCUGCCCUGAAACGGAUAGCAGACAUGAAUGCUGGUUUGCCAACAGAGAUCUACGCACCUUCCUCUACCCUGUCCCGUUCUCAAUCUCACAAGGAGCACCACCCUCCUAUAUGGUGGACGUUGACGACUGCGUCUCGACAGUCCUUGUCAACCACGUCUUCUCUUGCCUUCCAUGCGCGAAAUGUCCCCACAAUUGCCCUUGAGGGAUAUCUGAACCGGAUACACAAGUAUUGCCCAGCCAGCAAUGAAGUGUUCGUGUCUCUGCUGGUGUAUCUGGAUCGGAUGACGAGGUUGGCGAGAGAGGCGUGUGGGAAGACAUUUCCUAUUGACAUGUACAACAUCCAUCGUCUCAUCAUUGCUGGAGUGACCGUGGCGAGCAAGUUUUUUAGUGAUGUGUUCUAUACUAACUCGCGAUAUGCGAAGGUCGGCGGGUUGCCCCUCGCUGAGCUGAACCAGCUUGAGCUGCAAUUCCUCCUUCUCAACGAUUUCCGAUUGACUAUUUCCUGCGAGGAGAUGGAUUACUAUAUGCAAAUGGUUGAUCUGCAAUCCAAGAUUCCCGAGGGCAUCGACCUCUCACAAUAUCUCCCGUCAUCCUCCAAGAUCGUCCCUCAUCCCCCGGUGGGACCUACGGAGUUCUUCGCCGCCGUCGAUGCAUAUUUUGGGCAUCGCCACAAUGUCAUCCGGCCGACCUUCCUCGAUCACCAUCCCAUCGAAUCUAGCGAUGCCACGCGUCCCAGCCUAUCAUCGCAUCAUAGCCCGUCUAGGAGGUUCUCCACUAUGUCAUACAGCUCCGAUGCGACCAGCGAGGCCGGGACGGAGACCGAUUUUGAUGGCUCCACAGAUGAUGAGCCGACCAUCCGCGCACCACACUCUUCCGCAUCCUCGGAGACGAUGAGCCUGCGCAGCGCCGCAAGUGAUGCGGACUCCAUAUACACAGAUGACGGCGGCGACAGAGUCUGCGAGGAUGAUGAAGAAGAUGGUGCGCGGAGACCGGCCGAAGGGACGCCAGGGAGGGAGUACAUGAUCAUUAGGACCCCAAGUUGAUACCAGGUAUUGUUUGCCCAUAGACAACGGAUAGAGCGUGGCUGGUUCGUAUGUGUAUGUGUGUAUUAUUACUGAAUUCGUGCUGGCGUGGAAAACGUCCGUAUUUAUGCAUUGGCACGGUAUAGUAGGUCACGUAUACUUUUCCAUGUGCAAUAUUAUACCUCAGGGUUCCUUGUGCAAUGGACACUAUUAUGGACGGGCGUUCUGCUUGAUUUUGCGAUCGACGAAGCUUCUCAACUUGGGACCCAUCACUUUUGCUCCGAGUCGGCGCCUGGCUGACGCUAGAUUACUAUUACUAUUUGAUUGUAACAAUUAUUGUUCCUCUUUCUGCCGCACGUCC